AUGCCCGCGACCGGGCCGCGGAGGGGGCCGCGGAGGCCAGGGUGGGAGCGCUCGCCCGCCGAGCGGCCGGCUGAAGCCGUGCUGCGCCCCGGCCGCCCCGCGGGCGCCCUCCCGCUCCUGCUCCUGCUGCCGCUGCUCCCAGGCGGCCACGCGGGCAACCUGACCGUGGCCGUGGUGCUGCCGCUGGCCAACACCUCGUACCCGUGGUCGUGGGCGCGCGUGGGGCCGGCCGUGGAGCUGGCCCUGGCCGGGGUGAGAGCGCGGCCCGACUUGCUGCCGGGCUGGACGGUGCGCACAGUGCUGGGCAGCAGCGAGAACGCGCUGGGCGUCUGCUCCGACACCGCCGCGCCCCUGGCCGCGGUGGACCUCAAGUGGGAGCACAGCCCCGCCGUGUUCCUGGGCCCCGGCUGCGUGUACGCCGCCGCCCCGGUGGGGCGCUUCACGGCGCACUGGCGGGUGCCGCUGCUGACCGCCGGCGCCCCGGCGCUGGGCUUCGGCGCCAAGGACGAGUACGCGCUGACCACCCGCGCCGGGCCCAGCCACGCCAAGCUGGGCGACUUGGUGGCGGCGCUGCACCGACGGCUGGGCUGGGAGCGCCAGGCGCUGGUGCUCUACGCCUACCGGCCCGGCGACGACCAGCCCUGCUUCUUCGUGGUGGAGGGGCUGUACAUGCGCGUGCGGGACCGCCUCAACAUCACGGUGGACCACCUGGAGUUCGCCGAGGGCGACCUCGACCACUACGCCCUGCUGCUGCGGACCGUGAGGCGCAAAGGCCGAGUUAUCUACAUAUGCAGCUCCCCAGAUGCCUUCAGAACUCUGAUGCUUUUGGCCAUGGAAGCUGGUCUAAGUGGGGAGGACUAUGUGUUCUUCCACCUGGACCUCUUUGGACAAAGCCUGCAAGGUGCACAUGGCCUUGCUCCCCACAGGCCCUGGGAGAGAGGAGAUGGGCAGGAUAUUAGUGCCCACCAGGCCUUUCAGGCUGCCAAAAUCAUUACAUAUAAAGAGCCGGAUAAUCCUGAGUACUUGGAAUUCCUGCAGCAGCUAAAACACUUGGCCCAUGAGCAGUUCAACUUCACCAUGGAGGAUGGCCUGGUGAACACCAUCCCAGCAUCCUUCCACGAUGGGCUCCUGCUCUAUGUACAGGCAGUGACAGAGACUCUGGCACGUGGGGGAACUGUCACGGAUGGGGAGGCCAUCACUCAGCGGAUGUGGAACCGAAGCUUCCAAGGUGUGACAGGAUACCUGAAAAUGGACAGCAAUGGAGAUCGGGAGACUGACUUCUCCCUCUGGGAUAUGCAUCCUGAGACUGGCACUUUCAGGGUUGUUCUGAACUACAAUGGGACUUCCCAGGAGCUGGUGGCCAUGCCAGGGUGCAAACUGAACUGGCCCCUGGGGUACCCACCUCCUGACAUCCCCAAAUGCGGCUUUGACAACGAGGACCCAGCUUGCAACCAAGAUCACUUUUCUUCCCUGGAAGUGCUGGCUUUGGUGGGGAGCCUCUCCCUGCUCAGCAUUCUGACUGCCUCCUUCUUCAUAUGCAGGAAGAUGCAGCUGGAGAAGGAACUGGCCUCAGAACUGUGGCGGGUGCGCUGGGAGGACGUGCAACCCAGUAGCCUUGAGAGGCACCUCCGGAGUGCAGGCAGCCGGCUGACCCUGAGUGGGAGAGGCUCCAAUUAUGGCUCCCUGCUAACCACAGAGGGCCAGUUCCAAGUGUUUGCCAAGACAGCAUAUUAUAAGGGCAACCUUGUGGCUGUGAAACGUGUGAAUCGUAAGCGCAUUGAGCUGACACGAAAAGUCCUGUUUGAACUGAAGCAUAUGCGGGAUGUACAGAAUGAACACCUGACCAGGUUUGUAGGUGCCUGCACUGACCCCCCCAACAUCUGUAUCCUCACAGAGUACUGUCCCCGUGGGAGCUUGCAGGACAUUCUGGAGAAUGAGAGCAUCACCUUAGACUGGAUGUUCCGGUACUCUCUCACCAAUGACAUUGUCAAGGGUAUGCUGUUCCUACACAAUGGGGCCAUUUGCUCCCAUGGCAACCUCAAAUCAUCCAACUGCGUGGUAGACGGGCGCUUUGUGCUCAAGAUCACCGACUUUGGCCUGGAAAGCUUCAGGGACCCGGAACCAGAGCAAGGCCACACACUCUAUGCCAAAAAGCUGUGGACAGCCCCUGAGCUCCUGCGAAUGGCCUCACCCCCUGCCCGGGGCUCCCAGGCAGGUGACGUGUACAGCUUUGGGAUCAUCCUUCAGGAGAUUGCCCUAAGGCGCGGUGUCUUCCAUGUGGAAGGUUUGGACCUCAGCCCCAAAGAGAUCGUGGAGCGUGUGACUCGGGGGGCGCAGCCCCCCUUCCGGCCCUCCCUGGCCCUGCAGAGUCACCUGGAGGAGCUGGGGCAGCUGAUGCAGCGGUGCUGGGCCGAGGAGCCGCAGGAGCGGCCGCCCUUCCAGCAGAUUCGCCUGAUGCUGCGCAAGUUCAACAGGGAGAGUAGCAGCAACAUCCUGGACAACCUGCUGUCCCGCAUGGAGCAGUAUGCCAACAAUCUGGAGGGGCUGGUAGAGGAGCGGACCCAGGCCUACCUGGAGGAGAGACGCAAAGCCGAGGCCCUGCUCUACCAGAUUCUGCCUCACUCAGUGGCCGAGCAGCUGAAGCGUGGGGAGACGGUCCAGGCUGAAGCCUUCGACAGUGUCACUAUCUACUUCAGUGACAUCGUGGGCUUCACAGCCUUGUCAGCAGAGAGCACCCCCAUGCAGGUGGUGACCCUGCUCAAUGAUCUGUACACUUGCUUUGAUGCUGUCAUAGACAACUUUGAUGUGUACAAGGUGGAGACCAUUGGUGAUGCCUACAUGGUGGUGUCCGGGCUCCCCGUGCGGAACGGGCUGCUGCAUGCCCGGGAGGUGGCCCGCAUGGCCCUGGCGCUGCUGGACGCGGUGCGCUCCUUCCGCAUCCGCCAUCGGCCCCAGGAGGAGCUGCGCCUGCGAAUCGGCAUCCACACAGGACCCGUGUGUGCCGGUGUGGUAGGGCUGAAGAUGCCCCGUUACUGUCUCUUUGGAGACACAGUCAACACCGCUUCCAGAAUGGAGUCUAAUGGAGAAGCCCUGAAGAUCCACUUGUCUUCUGAGACCAAGGCUGUCCUGGAAGAGUUUGGUGGUUUCGAGCUGGAGCUUCGAGGAGAUGUAGAAAUGAAGGGCAAAGGCAAAGUUCGGACCUACUGGCUCCUCGGAGAGCGGGGGAGUAGCACUCGAGGUUGACCUGCCUUCCCUCCUGGCCUUCCACACCUCCCUUCCCCGUGCCAGAGGUAACAGAGAGGUGCCAGACCUCGGCCUCACCCACAGCCGCCCUGCCAUUGCCAAAGGAUCGGAGAAGUAGUUUGAACAACUCAAAUGUGCUAACCCCAAUGGAGACACCAGAUAUGACCUCUGAAGGAGGACUGGUGUUGGGGAGAACUUGAGAGUUCAUGGAACUGGACCAAAGCACACAGUCAUGCCCAGUGGCACACACACACAUAGACAAGUGUACCCACUCUCCAUCCUACGCAAGCCAGGCUAGGGUGUGGACUCCUGAUCCUCUCCCCCCACUCCCUCAACCUUGCUAAACUGUGACUAAUUUGGGGAGGGGAAGAGCCACCUUAGAGGCAAUAGGAAAAGGCACUAUAAGAGAAUCCGGGGGAUGAGGGGAGUCCACAUCUAGGCCACAAACACACCUGUGUCCCCCUCCGCCCUCAACACUGGGUACAGUGCGCAGGGGAGAGGGGCAGCUUGGAGGGGCUGUGAGCCUGUAUGUCUUGUUUCUCUGGUGAGCAGAGGCCAUUAACAUCUUUAUUCUAGUGACUGUCUCUGGAAGGAGAGCGGGUUCCCAGAAAACACAGCCAUGUUCCCCACCCUCUACUCCAAGUAAGACAUGCUUCUCAAGCUGGGAAUGCAAUAUCUGCAAGAGGCCCCGGCCCCCUUUCAGCUACCUGACAGUCUGUGACUUCCCCCAGCAGUGCUGACACUUCUGGUCUAAGGACCUGUUUACACCCUUCA